AAAUAAGCAAACCAUCCCUUGUAACUCUAUUUAAUAUUUUCUUUUAUCAGAAUUGACCAUGAAUUUGUUGUGAAAGGUUUUUAUUUCCAUAAAGGAAGAAUGAAGAUUACAGUGUCAAAGUUUUACAAGAUGAAUCAGCCAGGUACCACGACUAAUGACUCGAUCGAGUCCAUCUGUCCCUCGUAUCUGGUAGAACUCAGUGUGGUGACGUCAUCAGGUCAGGAGGGGGUCGGGGAAGACAUCAAAAAUUUCGCAGAGCAGCUCAAACCAUUAGUGAUGCUGGAAAAAACUGACCACAGGAAAAUUCAACUGGCACAGAUUUAAAUUAAGUAAGGAUAGAAAGGACCUAGUCAGCAAGACUGUUAUUGUGCAGAGAAAACGCUGUAUAGUUUCUAGUCAGAAACAAACAAUGCUGAUAAGAAUUCAGAGAAGGGAGAAACUGUGCAUGCCAAAAGGACAUCAAGAGUGUAUGAAUUUCAUGUGUGUGGUACUUGUGUCGUACAAGAUACAUACAUGUAUACCUGUGUUUGUAUGACAUAUUGUACCAUGUGAAGAACUUGAGUGUCCAAUAGAGAGAAAAUGACCAAUGGACAUUUUAUGUGCAAUUUUGCCUCUUAUUAAAAGUCUUGAAGACAAAUUUUGAAAGAUAUAAUAUUCCAAUCUAGGGGAUGUCAAAAUCAUUUUCUCAUUGUUACAGUGUAGUUACAUGUAUACUUGGAGACAUUGGUUAUUGUGCUGUAUGCAGCUACAUGCAUCAGAGAUGCCUCAUGUAUGUACCUCUUUAUUUUAAAAAAAUAAAUUGUACAUGUAAGUUUGA